CUAGAGAGUUGGGAGUCGAGAGUCGAGAGUCGGUUGGGUUGGGUUGGGUCGGCGGAUUGAGGCGAGUAGUGAGUAGCGAGCGAGGAUGAUGAUGCCUUGUUGUGCGUACCUGAGUUCAUCAUCGUCAUCAGUGGUACUUCUACUAGGUCAUCAUAAUACCAGUUUCAGCUCCAGAGUUGAUCAUUAUCGACAACAACAGCUACUGAUCAAAACCAGAAGCCCUUGCAGGGGUCAUCGUAAUGCUAGCGUUGUCUGCAGUAGCAAUUAUCAACAACUACUCGCCGACGUUGCUCCUUCUACUUCUGCACUCUACGGCCUACUGCUCUCCUCCGGUGGUCUCUAUGCCUUCACUAAAUCUGGAAGCAAAGGGUCUCUUUUCGGAGGCCUUACAGGAGGAGCUCUGAUGGCAGCUGUUUACAUUCUUAUGCAAUCACCAGAGAGUAGAUCCAUUGGGGAUGCGUUGGGGUUUGGGUCGGCAUUUCUCUUCUCAUCUGUAUUUGGUAUACGGUUGGCUGCUACUCGAAAAUUGAUUCCUGCUGGCCCUCUUUUAGGUGUCUCCUUAUGUGCAUUGCUCAUCUUUGUCUCAGCUUAUCUACAAGAUGUAACUCCUCCUACCUAGCUAGUCCCAACAUUCGGCUAUGACAAACAUAUAUUAAUUAAGUAACCAAAGGUAGCUACAUGUUGGCAAAGCUACCUGAUAAGGAGGAUGGCAGAGGUCUUAGAGGAGCAACAAGGUAGCUACAGAGUACAGAAUGUGAGGUAGGACAUUAUUUAGAGUUGCUACGAAUAUAUCAAAACUACUAUUUUCAUAAACAAAAAGUCAAAUAGGCUAGGGAAAGGCCUCUGGAGGUGGACAUUUCAAUAACUGAAGAAUAAUCCUCAGCUAGAAAUAGGAUAAUCUAACCCCCAAGAGUUGUUUCACUAAGGUAGUUAUAGCAAUUGUUAUAGUUUUUUGGUCGUCUUUUUUUUUUUUU